ACCACAUCAGAUCAAGUACAUUGUAAGGUCCAGGCGGAGGGAGAAAUUUUAGACUUUAUUAAAGAACCGAGUGUGUUAAAAUGGUGUAUAGUCAGGCUCUGGUGUUCGGGUACGGACUGUCCGUCGGUUCUGAAGAGGAUAACAUAGCUGAAAUGUGGAGGAAAGUGCUGCAACAUUUCAAAGCGGAGAAAGAAACUGGCGGUGCGCUCAAAAAAGCACCAAGCUCCUUAAGUCUCGGGUCAGAAUGCAGCCUGGAUGACGAUGACCUAGAUGCCAGUCUCCAUCUUAAACAACGUGAUCUGUCUGUACGGAUAGAGAAAUGCCUUGUGAUGGCGAAGGCGGCCAGCCUGAGGUGCAGCGAGCUGCUCGUACCAGCACGGAUGAGCAUGCGCGUGGCCGGUGACGUUCUCCGGGCGUCCUCGGAUGAGCCGUGUGGAUUGCGUGGGGCAGUCAUCCAGCUGUUUGCUGAAACCGAGGCGGGUUUGCAGAAGCUUGGCACCGUGACACCAGAGAGCAGUCUGACGCCGACCUUCGAGCUGUCUGUAGUGUUCCGAGCCGAGCAGCAGCGCUGGCCGCUGUUAAAGCACCUGCUCGGGACUGAACGAGUCCUGCGGCUUCGACCCGAGUACCAGCUCGUUAAGAGGAAGCUGUACUCGUCUGCCAGUCCUAUUGUGAUCAAGGUCUAAUUUCAUGAGUUGGAGGUGGUUGUGGAGAAGAAUAGAAAAUGUUUUAAACCAUUUUGCACAUUCCAGUUGUUUGCUGUUACAUUGUCUAGUAAUUUAACUUUACUACUGAGGAAUUGUGAAUGUUGUCUGAUUUAAGUUUAUUCUUAUAAUUAUUUUGUUCUACACUACUGAGUUAGAAGUUUACAGUUUGUAAGUGUAAUGCUUACUAAAGUUUUUUUGUUUAAGUCUCAGGGUGCUUUCUAGCUGAAUCAAAAUUGUUUAUGCACUUUCUACCAGUCUAUUCAUAUUCAAUUACCCGAUCACAUUUCACUAUCUCUACUACUGCUGAUCUCCACAUCUAACCAAGAAGGGCCAUGACUUAUCAGCAGAGGUCAUAAUUGCAGCAGUCAUGAGGAAUCCCCUCCAGCAUUCCCACCCCCCCCCCCCCCCCCCGACAAGCCAAUCAUUGUCCACAUAAGCACCCAGCCUGCCAAUAGCAGAGUUGAGAUUUCCAGAGGCCUCCUUAUAAUUGACCACCUGUACAGGCUAUGUUACUGCAUUGUCCCCAGUGAUUCUGACCAAAUUACAUGAAAUUUAAUGCAUACUGUAUUAACAACCCAUUAUUGACCACUACUUGGAAGUGACCUAAAACCAAAUUUAAUGGCUAUAAAACAAAGCGCAAAGGUUUGAUUCAGACUAAACGGUUCAUGUGACAGCACCCUGAGAUAUAAAUAAAUGGCAAAAGAAUAUAGUGUCACAAAUGUUUGAAACCUGAAGAACUUCUGUCAUUUGGAUGUUUUUUAUUUCUUUGAAUAACACUUGUUGAGUAUAAUUGUUGCAAGGUUUGUACCAACGUGUCCAAGAAGACAUGCUGGCUUUGUCUCCUAGUAGCAGUUUUUGUAUUUAGCAGUAUUACUUCAUGCCAAAAUAAACAUUUGCACUGAG